AUGCAGGUCACGUCCCGACACGCCCCCUGCAGGCCCCGCCCCGACACUCCCCCUGCUGGCCCCCUGAUGCAGGCCACGUCCCGACACGCCCCCUGCUGGCGCCCUGCUAUAGGCUCCCUGCGGACCCCGCCCCGACACGCCCCCUGCUGGACCCCUGAUGCAGGCCACGUCCCGACACGCCCCCUGCUGGCGCCCUGCUAUAGGCUCUCUGCGGACCCCGCCCCGGCACGCCCCCUGCUGGCGCCCUGCUGCCGGCUCCCUGCGGACCCCGCCCCGACACGCCCCCUGCUGGCCCGCGAUGCAGGCCACGUCCCGCCGCGCCCCCUGCCGGCCCCCUGCUGCAGGCCCCCCUGCUGCCGGCCCCCGCUGCGCCCCCUGCCGGCCCCGGCCACGUCAUUGCUUGCGGUCAUGCUCCACGCUGCCAGACACCUCCUCCUCCUCCUCCUCCUCUUGGCGCUGGGCACGGGGGGCUCCCUGCUUACUCCCCCACCCACCUGGACUCCUGCCCGAGGCUGCUACCGGGCAGAGGAGGAUGGCGAGCCAACUUUCCGCUGCAGCUACGCAGGCCUCAGUGCCAUCCCCGAAGGCAUCCCCAACGACACCCGCAGACUCUUCCUGGAUGCCAACCGGCUGGGGGAGGUGCCCGCGGGGGCUUUUGAGCAUCUGCCCGUGCUGUCCGAGCUGGACCUCUCCCACAAUACCAUCGCCCGCCUCUCCGGUGCCGCGUUCCGGGGCCUGGAGAGCAGCCUGCGUCUCCUCGACCUCUCUGCCAACCUGCUGGCCGCGUUGCCCGCCGAGGCCUUCUCGGGGUUGCAGGCCGCCACCAACCUGUCCGCCAACCCCUGGCGCUGCGACUGUGCCCUGCAGCGGGUGCUCCGGAGGAUGAAGCUGGCGGAGGGCACGGGGGCAGGCAUCGUGUGCGCCACGGCCGUCCGGCCGGAGCUCGUGGGAAGGCCGCUCCUGGGCCUGGCGGGCGAGGCCGGGCCUUGCGGGGCACGGCAGGGGCGGCGGGGCACGGAUGCUGCCCUGCUGGUGACAGUGGGUGGGUGGCUGGCACUGGUGGGCGCCUCUUUGGCCCAUUACGUGCGGCGGAACCACGAGGAGGCCCGGUGGCCCCACCACUACCGGGGCCUAGCACGUCCUGGCCAACCACCACCGGCUGGCUCUGAGGAGUCAUCCACCCUCAGCACGGCUCUCACAGCACUUUGA